GUCACACUCGCAAGAGGAAGAAAAAACCCAAGCCAUUUUAAACAAAUUGUAAACAAUCCUCGAAAAGCCCAAUAAAAAAUGGUUAAAAACGAGCCCAACUUCGUGGUGGAGCGCAUCAUGGACAAGCGCAUCACCAGCGAGGGCAAGGUGGAGUACUUCAUCAAGUGGCGCGGCUACACGUCGGCGGACAAUACCUGGGAACCAGAGGAGAACUGCGACUGCCCCAAUCUCAUCCAGAAAUUCGAGGAAUCGCGAGCCAAGUCUAAGAAGCGUGGAGAGAAGAAGCCCAAGUGCGAGGAGAUUCAGAAGCUGCGUGGCUACGAGCGCGGCCUGGAGCUGGCCGAGAUUGUGGGCGCCACGGAUGUCACGGGGGACAUUAAGUACCUAGUGCGCUGGCAGUUCUGCGAUGAGUUCGACCUGGUGCCCAGCAGUCAGCUAUCGGAGAAGGAUCCCCAGAUGCUGAUUGCCUACUACCAGAAGAUGGCUCCCUACACGCGACACAUAGCACGGCGGAUGAAGGGCGUGCCGGAGGAGCUGCGAUUGUCGGCCUCGCGCACCGCCUAUCCGCACAUCAGUAGUGCUCCCGUCGAGGUGCCCCAACCAGAGGUGGAUCAGGCAGCGGAGUUGGUCGGCCAUCUCGGUGGCUUGCCCCAGGUUGAUCAAGUGCCGCAGCACCACACGCCCAUGGAUCUCGCCGAUGAUCCCGACGACCUGGCCAGCGUUUCAUACUCGAUUCCAGUGCCCGGCGUGGGUGACAUUGGCAUAGAUGUGCCCAUGACGGAGAAUCAAUAAGGACGCCAGCAGAUUCUUCUGUUCAAAUUUUAAUCUUAGCCCUUAAGUUAACGUGACGUACGUAUGUAAAGCUAUCUGAAACCGCUGGGCUCAUCCAGAUUUAUGUAGCCUAGCUGGCCGGAGCGAAAGAAGUGUAUAAACUUUCUCGCGGCCGCCAAUAAAUUUGUCAUCACCUCCA